CCCGGCUCCACUUCCCGGGCUGCUCCCGCCCCGAUUCUUGGCUAAGCUCCGCCUCGCGAGCAGGUUUCCCGCCUUGCUGGAGGACCUGCCUGCAAGGGAGGAUCGCGGCCGGGCUUUGGAGCGCCACCCUUAAGAGGAGAGAAAAACCGUAGAACCGUAGCUGUCCCCUGAGUCUCCGGCUAAGCCAAUUACCGUGGUCUGCAGAUCUGCCUUUUAUCACCAGCCACACCUGACCAUCAACAGCCUUCUGGUUGCAGAGAGAGCCGGGCAUGUUGACAAGAAAGCUCUUCACACUAGUGAUGGUGGUACAGCCCCAUCGAAUCCUGCUGGGCAUGAAGAAGCGCGGCUUCGGGGCCGGGCGGUGGAACGGCUUUGGAGGGAAGUUGCAGCCUGGAGAAACCAUUGAACAAGCAGCCAGAAGGGAGCUUCAGGAAGAGAGCGGGCUGACGGUGGACGUCUUGCAAAAGGCGGGCCGGAUCACUUUUGAAUUCACGGGCGACACCGAGCUGAUGGAAGUCCACAUCUUCCGAGCUGACAGUGUCCAAGGAGAGCCCACGGAAAGCGAUGAAAUGCGUCCACAGUGGUUUGAACUGGACCGGGUGCCUUUCAAGGAAAUGUGGCCAGAUGACACUUACUGGUUUCCUUUGCUCCUCCAAAAUAAGCCGUUUGUCGGAUAUUUUAAGUUUGAGGGGCACGACAGGAUCGUCGACUACACCCUGGACGAGGUGGAGGAGAUACACCUGGAAAGAGGCAGGGAAGAACUCUGCAGUCCCUCCAAGCCGGCACACCCUUCUGCAACAGGGCCAAGGGGCAAGCCAUUGUAGCCACUCAAAAGUCUUUAUCUCCAGCUCAAAGUGGACUUAAUUGUGUCCCGGGUGGAUUGCAGGCAGACAAAAAUAAAAUCAUUCCUGUUUGGGAGAGAACCACA